UUUUAACUAUAUUUUCAUCAUCCACUUAUUUUUCGUAUUAUUUUUGAACUCAAUUCACCUUUAUUUUUGAACCCAAUUCACCUUUUCGCUUUCUUUAGGGGUGAAAAUAUGUUAUCAUUAUCAAGAUCAAUAGUGUUGUUAAACAAGCAGGAUUAAGGCAGUAGACACUAUACAGUAGCUUCUCUACUCAACACUGCUGUCACCCUCACAUCCUCCCCUUCUUCUCACUAACAGACAACUUUAUUUACCUCAAAAUCUUCGAAAUCCUCACAUAUUUCUUCUUCUCUACAAUUCCUUGCAUUCUUCACCAUUUCCCUUUCUUAAACAAUCUAAGACAAAACAAAAAAUGUUAUCAAGAACCAAUAGUGUUGUUUGGAUGGGUGAAAGAGGAGAGGAAGAAGAUUCAUCUGUUACUUGGAGCAGAAAUCCUUGUGAUUUAGUUGUUAAUAAUGGUGGUGAAAAUACACAAGAUAUUGUUGAUAAUGUUGAUGUUACUUCUCUUUCUUCUUUCAAAUCAAUGAUUGAAGUUGAAAAUGAAUGGUAUUCUAGCAUGGCUAAUCCUAAUUCAAUCAAUUUUUCUACCGCAAAUGAGGGUACUGAUAACUUACUUUUAAACCCAUUGGAUUCAUCUUCUUCUUGUUCUGCUUCUCCCUCUGUUUUUAACUCAAAUACCCUUGACCCAUCUCAACUUUCCUGUUUAUUUUCUUCAAAACCCACCAUUUUUAACAGCCCUUUGAAUCAAAACUUUGGUAUUGGAUGUGGGCCCAGUAAUGGGUUUUUCCAAGAAACCUUUUACCACCACCAGAUUUCUGAUUUAGUAAACAGACACAAUAAUGGAGUUUUUACUGGGUUUACUGAAUUUAGCUCUCAAAAUGAUAUGGGUAGUCCUAAUUUAGGUCAUAAUCCUCAAUUUUCAGCUACCCAUUUGGUUCAAUUGGGUGAAAAUGAGGGUUUUAGUUCCGGUUUUCGAUUCAAAGCUUUUGAAGAAGGAUUAGGCAAUUCAAUGUUUGUUAAUAGAACUUCAAAGUUGUUAAAACCCCUUGAUAAUUCUCCUCCGAUUGGUGCACAACCUACCCUUUUUCAGAAAAGAGCUGCCCUUAGAAAGAAUUCUUUUGGUGGUAGUUUGCUGGAUUCUGGAGCAGAUUCUGGGUUGAUUUCAAAUGGAGAUGAAGGAGACUGUUCAAAAUUGAAUUCUAGUGAAGAAAAUGGAAAAAAGAGGAAAAUCUGUAAUGUGGGUGUUUUAGAUAGUGUUAGUAUAGAUGGGUCUGGUUUUAAUUAUGAUUCUGAUGAUUUUACUGAGAAUAAUAACUUCAAUGAUGGUGCCAAAAAUGGCGGAGCUAAUUCUAAUAAUAAUAGUACUGUUACUGGUGUUGAUUCCAAGGGGAAGAAGAAAGGAUUACCAGCUAAGAACUUGAUGGCUGAAAGACGGCGUAGGAAGAAGCUCAAUGAUAGGUUAUACAUGUUGCGAUCCGUUGUUCCUAAGAUUAGCAAGAUGGAUCGGGCAUCGAUACUUGGGGAUGCAAUCGAAUAUUUGAAAGAGCUGUUGCAAAAGAUAAAUGAUCUCCACAAUGAACUCGAGUCGACCCCUCCUUCAUCGUUGAAUCAGACAACAAAUUGUCAUCCUUUAACUCCAACUUUACCAAACUUUCCAUCUCGAAUCAAGGAAGAACUUUGCUCUAGCUCGUUGCCAAGUCCUAAUGGUCAGCCAGCAAAAAUUGAGGUAAGGUUAAGGGAGGGAAGAGCCGUUAACAUCCACAUGUUUUGUGGUCGUCGACCAGGCCUCUUACUCUCUACUAUGAGGACUUUAGACGGUCUUGGUUUGGACGUCCAACAGGCAGUCAUCAGUUGCUUCAAUGGGUUCGCUAUGGAUAUUUUCCGCGCUGAGCAAAGCAAGGACGGGCAAGACCUACACCCAGACCAAAUCAAAGCGUUGCUGUUGGAUUUAGCUACCUUUCAUGGCUCGACCCUAGCAAAUAAUUGCAAUAUGUGAAGCACAUUGCAUGCAAGGAGAUGAUAUAGAGCUUGGAUGAUUUCUAAAAUUGCUUAUUUUCUUCAUUUUAAGAACUAUUUUAAUGUAAGAUGUGAAGUAAACCUUAUGUAUCCUAAUGGCUAAUAGCCUUUCUCUAUAUAAUUUGUAUCACCUUUUAAUAUAAUUUAAAUUAAAAUGUUCUUAAGUGUGUUUAUAAUA